CGCAUACUCACAAACCACACCGAUAUCUAUCCUACUUACUAGACUACAAACUCAACUCCCUUCUGACACACAGCUUGACACGGGCGACGAUCCAAGGUCUUUUCGCAGUGGUAUCUCAAACUAUGUUUCCAAUGGAUCGCCGCUUCCAUCGAGCUAUCCAAGAUGCUCCCAAGUCCAAAAUCAUGGACCAAAGCUCGCCACAAAAGGAUAACGUACUCGUAUUACGACGCCGACCGCAGAGCUUUGACUCGGCGAGCGAUUCUGAAGAAGAUUAUUGGGUUCAAACCAACAUAAGCCACGCCAAGGAGAGAUUAAGAAAGCAGGCUGCGGAAGACCCUUUUAGUGCACCGCGACAUUCAUACACAUUCCCUGGACCAAGCGGAAACUACCACAGUGGUUGGGACUCGAGGCGUAGGAGAGACACUCACUUUGCUCAGAAUUACGUACCUCAGAGCAAGAGAGAGUUUUCUAAGAAGCACUAUUCCGACGCAUAUGAAAACGACCGAUGCAAAAAUAAAAAUCUGAGUUACCAAGAUGAACAAGAUGAGUACUCACAACCAGAAGGGGAUCGGCCUCUAUUCAGAACGCCAGAGGAAUACAAGGCUGAAAUUGACAAGUUACAUCAUCAGCUUAACGAACGCAAUCGCGAAUCACGCCAGCCUCGGCGUAGUUAUUCAAGCUCUACCCAGGGUUUAGAUGAUCCUCGAAUUGAUGGUUUUCAACGGCGUGCUACGCAUCCAGAAUCGAGUUCUGAUGCAAGAGGAAUGACAUUGAUUCAACGCGAAAUAGUCUACAGCUCCAGGAGAGAGCUAGCAAUUGAGGGGGAGCGUGUUAAAAGGGCCGCCAGAAGCCUUUUUCCGUCUACUGAACUUUACACAAGCGUCCUACCUGAUGGACAGUUUCGUUUCGUCGCUGGUAUCUUUGACGACCCACUAAAAAGGAACGCUAUUGAAUACUCUCUUGUUGAGUGUACUUCAUUUGAGAAACCGACUGAAGCUAUGCAUGAAUUGUUGAAUAUCGUGAAGGAGGAAGUCGAGGAUUGGAACAGACGUGAGGAGAAACGAGAAAGGGAGAGAAAGGAGAGACCAUCAAAAGCUUUGCGGAAUCUUUGUAGGGGUGAGUGGUAA